AUGCGCUCGACUCUGCUCCUUGCUGCUCUCGCCGCUGGCUGCGUCAAUGCCUUCGAGAGGCGCGUCUAUGUGACCGACUGGACCACCGUCACCGUCACCAAGACGGUCACUGCCCCCGCCGUCACCGUGACCCUGGCCCAACAGGCUCAGGUCCAGCACACUGUGGCCACCACCACCCAGGCUCCCGUCGCCCCGGCAGAGACUGAGCAAUCGGAACUGGCCAAGAAGUCGACCGUCAUUGUCCCUGUGACAUCCACCUCCGAGGCCCCUGCCCCGGCCUACACUGCCAACGCGGCCACCUCCUACUUCUCGACCGCCUGGACCUCCACUAUUGAGGCUCCUUCCACUCUGGCCACCUCCACCGCCAGCGCCGCCUCCAGUGCAUCCACCGAGGUCUCUACUACCGGUGCCACCAACGCGUACCAGUCCCUCGUUCUGUACAACCAUAAUGUCCACCGCAGCAACCACUCUGUCUCGUCCGUUGAGUGGUCCGCGGAUCUGGAAUCAAGCGCUCAGACUCUGGCCGCUCGUUGUGUCUACCAGCACGAUACCUCCAUUGAUGGCGGUGGCUACGGUCAGAACAUCGGCUACGGUGUUGACGCUAGCGACGUUGGCGUCAUGAUCUCUAACCUCAUGUACAACGACGAGAUCAACUACUUCCCUACCCCCUACGGCGCUGCCGACCCCAGCAUGGCCGACUUCGACAAGUGGGGCCACUUCUCCCAAAUCGUCUGGAAGGGCACCACCCACGUCGGCUGCGCGACCGUGACCUGCAACAGCCUGGGCAACGUUGACUCCAGCUCCGCCCUGCCCUUCACCGUCUGCAACUACUCGCCCGCGGGUAACGUCGACGGCGAGUACGGCUCGAACGUCCUGGCUCCUGGAACCAAAGGCACCUACACUGCCUAA